CAGGAGUUCGCUGUCUUCAGUGCAACCACAAGUGCAGCAUCAUGAAGCCUAUGCUCGUGGCCGCCAGUCUGGUGGCUAUUCUGGCCUUCACUCAUGCCGAGGAAGCCAAGAAAGCAGAAAAAGAAGUGGCAGUGACCGACAACAAGGAGGCGGCGACCGAUGACAAGAAACACGAGAAGAGAGGACUCUUCGACAUUGGACUGGGCUACGGACACGGAGGGCUCGACGGAGGCUACGGCGGUGGAUUCGGCGGUGGAUUCGGCGGGGGCUAUGGAGGACACGAGGAACACCACAAGACCAUCACGGUCGUCAAGAACGUGCCUGUCCCCUACCCCGUCGAGAAACACGUCCCCUACCCCGUAGAAAAGAAGGUCCCUGUACCAGUCAAGGUGCACGUUCCCGCUCCCUACCCUGUAGUCAAACACGUGCCCUACCCCGUCAAGGAGAUCGUCAAAGUACCCGUCCACGUACCCCAACCCUACCCCGUCGAGAAAAAGGUCCCCUACCCCGUCCAUGUGCCCGUCGACAGGCCCGUCCCCGUCAAGGUAUACGUGCCCCAGCCCUACCCCGUUGAGAAACACGUGCCUGUCCCCGUCAAGGUCCCAGUGCCCGCUCCUUACCCAGUAGAGAAGAAGGUGCCCUACCCCGUCAAGGUGCCCGUCCAUGUGCCCGCUCCCUACCCAGUCAUCAAGGAGGUGCCUUACCCCGUGAAGGUCCCCGUCGACAGGCCCUACCCCGUCCAUGUCCCCAAGCCCGUGCCUUACCCAGUCGAGAAGCCCGUGCCUUACCCCGUAGAAAAGCCAGUGCCCUACCCCGUCAAGGUCCCCGUCGACCGUCCUUACCCCGUGCACGUUGAGAAGCCUGUGCCUUACCCCGUCAAAGUCCCCGUGCCCGCUCCCUACCCCGUUGAGAAGCACAUCCCCUACCCCGUCGAGAAGCACGUGCCUUACCCCGUGAAGGUCCCCGUCGACAGGCCCUACCCCGUCCACAUCGAGAAGCACGUCCCCUACCCGGUCGAGAAGCCCGUGCCUUACCCAGUCAAGGUCCCCGUCCCAGUCGUAGUCGGUCAUGAACACGGACACGAGUAUGGUCAUCAUGGUAGCUACUAGAGGCUGCAGGAAGCAGUAAUCUGAAUGUGAUAUAUAAAUGUAAGCUUAGCACUAAUUCGAACGUGGGGCAAGAGACACGCCACCAAAGGCGGUAGUGGUCACACCAACCAGACACCUGGGCGGUCGUGCCUCUUACCCCAUGGAGACGCACUGAUAAAAUACUCCUUAUAAAUAGUCCUUUUUUGUUGUGACUCUUUAAGCUUCGUCUGAACGUUAUGUUUGAGUUUAUGUACCUGUUAUUUUAAGUUACAUUGAAAUUUUGUUUCUCUCUGAAUUUUGUACGAAA